AUGGACGAGGAAUAUGACCAGCUUGUUGAACACCUUCACAACUGCGCGAAGAAGGCUGAGAGUCUUAAAACCACCAAGAGACGCCUGUCUCUUGAAACUCUUGAGCUGAUACGCCAGCGUGGAGCAACACGAGCCGCAGGGAACCAAGAACUCACGUUCGAGCUCACAAGGCUUUGCAGAGAGGCGAUAAAGGGAGACCUUAAAGACAGAAGAGCAGAAGUGCUGGCUGAAGCUGCAGAGGCGGGGAAAAGCAUCCGCUAUGCCCGUCGAGACUUCGCCAGUCGCAAGACGAGGAUGACUGCUCUCCGGAACCCAAAGGGAACAGCCAUUGCAUCGAGAAGGGGGAUGGAGAAAAUAAUCUACGACUUCUACUCUGAUCUCUUCGACAGCCAUGUCCACUUGCCUCCUCACCAUCUGAGGGAAGACAGACAUGUCAUUCCAGAGGUUCUCCCGUCCGAAGUACGACAUGCUAUCAUGUCAUAUCGUGAUAAGAAAUCGUACGGCAUCCGGGCACGACAGAAUAAGACCAGAACACCUGAAGAACCUUCCGCCAGUACUCAUCAACACCCUAGCGAGGCUCUUUACACGUUACCUGUCGGAGUGCAAGGUUCCUAA